GUUAAUUUCUUUGUGAAAAUACAGAGAAAGUGUACCGGGCUUCUGAAAUCUUACAGUAAUAUUUUCAGAUAUUACUCUAAAGGAUGAACCGUUUCUUCCAGCUUAAAAUAUUAAGCCAGCAUUGCUUCAGCUUGCUUUGCAGGGCUUAACUAUAUCUGCAGUUAUGUAAGUUUCAGUUAUGUGAUAUUUCAUGGGCAUCUAUUUAAACAUACAACUAUUAUUUUUAGUUGAAAUAUAGACUAUAUAAAGACUUAAAAGAUGUGGGAUCAAGGUGGACAACCUUGGCAGCAAUGGCCUUUGAACCAACAGCAGUGGAUGCAGUCAUUUCAGCACCAGCAAGAUCCAAGCCAGAUUGACUGGGCUGCAUUAGCUCAAGCAUGGAUUGCUCAGCGAGAAGCCUCAGGGCAACAGAGUGUAGUGGAACAACAAGGAAUGAUGCCAAAUGGACAGGAUAUUUCAGGAAUAGAGUCUGGUCCAAACAACCAUAAUAAUUUUCAGGGGGAUCCCAACUUCAACAGAAUGUGGCAGUCAGAAUGGGGAAUGCCUCACCAACCCCCUCACCCACCUCCAGAUCAGCAGUGGAUGGCUCCAACCCCAGGUCAAAUGGAAAUUGUUCCUCCGUCUGAAGACAGCAACAGUCAGGACAGUGGGGAAUUUGCUCCUGACAACAGGCAUAUAUUUAACCAGAACAAUCACAACUUUGGGGGACCUCCCGAUAACUUUGCAAUGGGGCCAGUGAACCAGUUUGACUAUCAGCAUGGGGCUGCUUUUGGUCCACCUCAAGGUGGAUUUCAUCCACCUUAUUGGCAGCCAGGACCACCAGGGCCGCCAGGUCCACCAGCACCUCCUGCACCUCCUCAAAAUCGAAGGGAAAGACCCUCAUUCAGAGACCGACAGCGUUCACCUAUUGCGAUGCCUGUGAAGCAGGAGCCUCCACAGAUUGAUGCUGUGAAGCGUAGAACUCUGCCUGCUUGGAUUCGUGAGGGCCUGGAAAAGAUGGAACGAGAAAAACAGAAAAAAUUGGAAAAAGAGAGGAUGGAGCAGCAGCGUUCACAGAUGUCUAAAAAAGAAAAAAAGGAAAGUGAGGAGGCUGAAGAAGGGGAUGGACCACGGUUACCUCAGAAAAGUAAAUUUGACAGUGAUGAGGAAGAUGAAGAUGCUGAAAACACAGAAGCUGUAAGCGUUGGGAAAAUCAGCAGAAGUCCAUCCCCAGCUCCUCAAGAGGAGCAAAGUGAACCAGAAAUGACAGAAGAAGAAAAAGAGUAUCAAAUGAUGAUGCUGACAAAAAUGCUGCUGACAGAGAUUCUCUUAGAUGUCACAAAUGAAGAAAUUUAUUAUGUGGCCAAAGAUGUUCACCGUAAAGCAACUAAAGCUCCUGCAAAACAGCUGGCACAGUCCAGUGCACUGGCUUCCCUCACUGGACUCGGUGGACUGGGUGGUUAUGGAUCAGGAGACAGUGAAGAUGAGAGGAGUGACAGAGGCUCUGAAUCAUCUGAUACUGAUGAUGAGGAAUUACGACACAGAAUCAGGCAAAAACAGGAAGCAUUUUGGAGAAAAGAGAGAGAACAGCAACUACUACUAGAAAAACAGCUAGAAGAAGAAAAGCUACAAAACGAAAAAAUUUCAAAGGAGAUGAAUGAAUUUACCAACAAAGAACAAAAUAGUAACUCGGCAUCACAGGAGGCAAAAGAACUUGAAGCAGAUAUGGUUCAUGAAAAGAAAAGAUCUCCAAAUGCAAUCGCACCCGAUCUAGAACUCAAAAAAGAGGGUAAAGAGAGGACAGGAAGGAGUGGGUCAGGAAGCUCUAGCAGUGGUAGCACUAGCAGCAAUAGCAGAAGCAGUAGCAGUAGCAGCACUGUAUCUAGUUCAUCCUAUAGCACUAGCUCAGGUAGUAGUCGCAGCUCUUCGCGUUCUUCCUCUCCCAAAAGGAAGAAGAGACACAGUCGCAGUAGGACGCCUUCACAUAAAGUUAGGCGCAGUAGAAGCAGGAGUUACUCCCACAGAAAUAGGAGAGAGAGGAGCAGGAGCAGGGAGAAAAUAAGGGAAAGGAGAAGAUCUAGUAGAAACCGCAGUGCUGAAAGAGGGGAGAGGCGAAGAAAUCGGAGUCCUUCUCGAGAGAGAAGCUGGGAUAGACGUAGAAGUAGUAGCCGUUCAAGAGACAGGCGAGCCAACCGUGCGAGCCGCAGCAGAAGCAGGGACAGACGUAAAACUGAAGACCAGCGUAGAAGCCCUACUGGAAAUAGGCACAAACAUAAAAGUGAGGGUAAAGAUCAAGAAAAGAAGAAGGAGCAGAGUGGAGGUGUAGAUAAAGACAGAAAAAAGAACAGAGAAAGGGAGAGAGAUCAGGAAAAAAGAAAAGAUAAGCCCAAAAAAGAGGAAAAAGAAAGUAAGGCUGGCAAUCAUGACGACAGUAGAUUAAAGAGGAAAAGAGACAGCGAAAGAACUUUCUCUCGCAGUGAUUCAAUAUGUGUGAAAAUAAUAAGGCAGGAUUCCAGACAAGAAAGCAAAAAAAUUUCUACCAAAGAUAGCAAAAAACGGUCAGGCUCCGAAUCUAGUGCGAGGAGUAGUUCUGAAUCGCCAGGAAGCAGUAAAGAAAAGAAGGCUAAGAAAUCGAAGCAUAUUCGGUCAUGCUCCAUGGAGAAAUCUCAAAGGUCUGGUAAGAAGGCAAGCCGCAAACACAAGUCUAAGUCACGAUCAAGGUAGUAUACUUUUUAAGUAUUUUGUCUGACUUUUUUUUUUUUAUUUUUUGCUAUUCGUCUUCAUGUGUACGGCAUAUGAACUUUUUUAAAAAUAAAGUAUGGUAUUUAUUAAUUUUUUUGUCUUAGGCAAAAGUAACUUUGGAAAAAUCUUUUAAAGCUAUUAAUUACUAAGCCUAAAGUGUGUGUGGGUUUGGGGGUCUUCUAUUUUUUUCCAAUUAACUUUUUCCCCCUUUUCCUUUAUUUUUCAGAUCAACAACUCCUCUUCGUCGUAAACGCUGAGGAAUUUAUGGCACCAGUGCUAUGACGUUUAAAAAUUCCAUGAGUUAUAAAAGGCUUGUCUCAUUAUAGAGGCACAUUGUGGCUAUGUAGGUGAAACCAGAAUCCUUUUUUUAUCUGUAAAUAGGUGUAUUUUUUCCAAAUGCUGCUCAGAUUAAAUACCUAAUAGGAUUUCUUUGUAUUGCAUUUUUUCAAGAACGGUAGUGCUUAUUAAGAAUAUAAAACAUGCCAUUCUCUUUCAGCUGUAAUGUUCUUAAAAUUACUAUUGAAUGUACUGUGAUGUCAAUAAAGCUCUUUAGUUCAUUUUUUGUUUAAAA